AUGGUAAUGCCCUGCCUGGGACCACCCGGCCGCCCGGUCUCCUGGCCGCAAGGACCUGCCUUCCGGGUUCCAGCCCCUCCCCCGUGCGAGCUGCAGGGCCGGGCAUGCAGUCUGCAGAAGCUGUUUGCUGUGGAAGAGGAGUUUGAAGAUGAGGAUUUCUUGUCAGCUGUGGAGGAUGCAGAGAACCAGUUCGUUGGCUCACGGCCUGUGAAUGCUGGGUGCCUGCGACCUGUCUCUUCCCGGCCACAGGAGGCCCAGCUACUGCCAUGCCCCACUGCUCCUUCAGAGGCUGCGGGCCUGCCAGCCCUGGGACUCUGCCUUUCUACCUCCGGCAUGCCCAGGGCCGUUGAAGGUCCACCUUCCACAGGAACAGCUCCCCUAAGGCCUGUCUCAAUGUCCAGCAGCUGGACUGGCAAUCAGGGAAGAGUGACACUGACAGAAGUGCUCAGUGAGACCCCAGUAAGACCCCAGUCCUCAGUCUCCCACCCCCAGCUCACCUUCAAGAGCAAACAGCAGGUGAUUGGUGGCUUUGAGGGGCCUGAACAAGAUGAAUUUGAUAAGGUCCUGGCAAGCAUGGAGCUGGAGGGCCCCGUCAUGGAGCUGGAACUUGGAGUUAGCGGUGAGGCCACAGGAAUCCUGCCCACCUGGUGGCGGGAGGACUCAACAUUGGCUAAAAAGGCCCGGGCAGCUGAUCUGAGCAGACCUUGCCAAAAGGGGCCCAUGCCUGCAACCCACAUAGCUGGUAUCCCGUCAGCUCGGGAUGUGCCCCCGGAUCCUGUUGUCCGCUGUGGGACUCCACAGUCCCACUUGAGGCCUGGUGCCACGGGUAGCCUUCCUGUCCCAACUGCCUCGGUGGUUCGCGGUCAGCAGCCCCAUUGGGAGGUCUCUCCCGGUGGUCCCCCUCCUCAAGCGCCCCAGCCUCUCCAAGCUGCUGGCAGGCUCGUUCAGAGCAGCCCUCAAAAUCAUUUCCCUGGCCAGCCAUUCCCGUCUCCAAAUGCCUGCUUAACUGGCAAACCUCAUUUUCUUACACCACAAACUCCCAACUCAAGCUGUGCUACUCCCUCAAGGACUAUCUCUGGAUUAUUUCCUCGGGGGCCCUUCCAGCCCCGAGCUCCAGCAUCUUCUGUCAAGUCUCCUGUCAGCACCCUGAAGGGCCCCCGUCCUUCCCCAGUCCCUCAAGCUGCUCUGCAGACGCCCAUCGUCACGAACCACCUGGUGCGGCUGGUCACUGCUGCCAACCGGACACCCCAGCAGCCCGCUUGCACUUCCACCCGCGCCAAAACACGCCGCUUCCCCGGCCCAGCAGGGCUCCUGCCUCACCAGCACAGUGGGAAAAAUCUGGACGACAUCAUGGUUUCCACGCCCCAGACUCCGACUCAUGGUGCUCUGGCUAAAUUCCGGACAGAGAUUGUUACUAGUUCCCAGGCAUCAGUGGAGGAGGACUUUGGGCGAGGGCCCUGGCUGACCAUGAAAUCUGCUCUGGGCCUGGAUGAGAGAGACCCUACCUGUUUCCUCUGUACCUACAGCAUCAUCAUGGUGCUGCGGAAGGCAGCCCUGAAGCAGCUGCCCAGGAACAAAGUCCCCAACAUGGCAGUGAUGAUCAAGUCCCUGACCCGGAGCACAGUGGACGCCAGUGCGGUUUUCAAGGACCCCACGGGAGAGAUGCAGGGCACGGUGCACAGGUUGCUGCUGGAGACACGCCAGAAUGAGCUGAAGCCUGGCUCAGUGCUGCUGCUAAAGCAGAUCGGAGUGUUCUCUCCUUCACUCCGAAAUCACUACCUCAACGUGACGCCCAACAACCUGGUCCACGUUUAUAGCCCAGAUUCUGGGGAUGGGAACUUCCUCAAGCCAUCUCAGCCCUUCCCCAAGGAUCCAGGAAGCUUCCAUGGACGCCUCCAGCAUGAGACCGAGAAGCCUGGGAAAGGCCUCAGAAUAGCACAGAACCCAGAGGCAGGGGCAUCACCUGAGAAAGAACUACUCCCAGAAGCAGAUGACCUAGAUGGACUCCUGAGCGAGCUCCCUGAGGACUUCUUCUGUGGCACCAGCAGUUGGGACUCCCCCAAGGCAGGGCACCCCCCAUGA